AAAAGUGUGAGAAGGAAGUGUGAAGCGAGCGAGACGUGAUGAGUGUGAACAGGGUCUUAAUCACUUGUGAAUUUCUCAGAACAUUGAUUAUUCUCUUUCAACUGAAAUAACCACAUCUGUACUUACACAGGGGGUUUUGGUCAAGAAAAACGAAACAAGAUCAACACAGAAAGUGAGAGACCAUGGACACACAGAAAAAGACUGAGGUGGAGAUGAAAGAGCUCUCUUCGACAGAAGAUAAAGAUAAUAAAGAUGCAGAGAAAAGCAAAGUAGAACAAACCAAAGAACCUGAGAAUAAAGACCUAGAAAAAGAAAUAAAAAAAGAAGGUAAUGUGUACAGCACACUGAGUUCUCCAACAGAAGAUGUUUAUAAUGUUUCAAAGCCUACUUCCACCCCCAUAGGAAGUGAAGCUGACAAAGAGGAAGCAAAAGCAAAAGGAGAUGAAAAAGCAGAAGAAACUACAGUCAAACUCAAUGAUCCUCCAGAAAAUGUUGAUAAACUUUCAAAAUCUACAUCCUCUCCUAAAAGCAAUGAAGAAACCGAGAAAAAGGCAGAAGGAAAAGAAAAGGACAUAAAAGAAGAAGAAACUAAUGUGUACACCAAACUAAACACUCCAACAGAAGAUGUUUAUAAUGUUUCAAAGCCUUCUUCCUCAGGCAGUGGAGAAGCCGAGAAAAAGGCAGAAGGAAAAGAAAAGGACAUAAAAGAAGAAGAAACUGAUGUGUACAGCAAAUUACUCACUCCAACAGAAGAUGUUUAUAAUGUUUCAAAGCCUUCUUCCUCUUCUAAACGCAGUAAAGAUGAAGAAAAUGGAAAAGAAGAUGAAGAAACUGAUCUGUACUGCAAACUGAACACACCGUCAGAAAAUGUUUAUAUGUCUGCAGGGACCAGUUCCAGGGCAAAAGACAAAGAAGAUGUUUACAGGAAACUUCAACUGUACAAGAGGAUUUCUGUUUUUUUCCUGGUUCUGACUUUGCUCUUACUGGCUGUGGUUCUUGCUCUGGCCAUGAAGUUAAAUGAAAAUAAGUCCAUCCAGAAGUGCCCAGAUCCCCCUGCUGAAGAAAAGAAGACCAUUUAUCCUGUGAGCCAAGGAAAUCAGUGCUCUGGGUGUGGGAAGGAGUGGUAUAAGACGAACACCUCCUGCUACUUGUUUGUUAGGGAACGUCUAAACUGGACUCAGAGCAGGGAGGAGUGUCAGAAACAGGGUGCUGACCUGGUUGUCAUCAACAAUGAAAGAUUGCAGAAUUUUCUAUGGAAAUAUACAGGCCUGAUGUACUGGAUUGGACUGCAUUAUUCAGAAAAUAAGUGGAUGUGGGUUAACAAUACCGUACUAACCAAGAGUAACAGCUACUGGGCCCGUGGGCAGCCAAAUCCAGUUGCUCAGGAUUCCUGCGCACUGCUAAAAGGAAAGUGGCCAAACAAUCACAACUGGCAUGUAAACCCCUGUGACAAGACCUCACAUUACAUCUGCCAGAAACUUUUAAAAGUGGAUGAAUGAUCAACUAUAACCAUCACAGAAAUCGGCUACAUUUGCUUUUAUCAUCUUUGUACUUCUUCACUUAACUUUUACAAUAGCAGUUCAUAAAGAGCAACAAAUACAGAAUCCGUAUAUGAAACAAUGAUGUUCCAUGAUACACAGUCAAGUGAACAGAGUCAGAAAAUGAUAUUUGCUAAUUGUAUUUGUUGAAAGUGACUCUGUACUUAUUUUAAUUGAAAAUGUAUUUUUAUUUUCCUUCUACAAAAUUGCUUUGCACUUCUUUAAGACCUUAUUUGCACUAAAAUGUUUACCAAAGUAUUACAAAACUAAAUGUAUGUAAGUAACUGCCUUUAUUACAGGCAACAAAUAUUGUACUUUUUACAGGAAUUAAAUGUAAAAUAUAUUUUUGUUUCUCCUUUAAACUAAUAUUCACUCAAUAAAAUACUGAAAUUAUUGA